GACAUUUUACCGCAAUGGGGAUUUACGCUUGGUUCUUUUUGGCUAUCUUCAGCACAGUCUACGCGGCGCCAUGGCGUUGCGUCAAAACCCAAGACGGUAGCACGAUAUGCUUCGGCGAAUGUGGUCAGCCCACCAUCAGCCCGCCAUCCAUCUGUAUAGGGCGACAGAUACCACCGUGUGCAUGCUCCGCCACCAUAUACACACCACCCGUUUGUCCACCAUCACCAACACCUAGCGGUCCGACGCCACCAUCGCCGUCCCUGUUAAUGUCGCCGUGCGGACAACCGUGCUAUGUCUAA